AUGGUCGCCUACACGGGGCUGCUGCAGAUGCCUCUAACGCCACGGUCGGUUUGCGUGCUCGUGUGCAACGCGGGGGAGUUCGGACAGCGGCGAGAUAGCGAACAUUGUGGUGGGGUUGAGGAAGACUGCCGCAAGCUGGAAGAAUUGCGCGUAUGCGAUUGGCUGCGAUCGAUAUCUCUACGGGUUCCCGACAACGACGUCAUUCUCGUCGCAACCAAANUAGAAUUGCGCAUAUGCGAUUGGCUGCGAUUGAUAUCUCGACGGGUUCCCGACAACGACGUCAUUCUCGUCGCCACCAAGUGUGACCUGGCGGGUGGGAACGCACGGGAAAUUGGCAGCAGAAUGGAGAAGUCCUGUCGAAUGUGGCUAUCGGGCUGGGUUCGCAAUGGUAUGCAGCCCGUUCGGUUGGAGUCCCACGUUUGCCUCACGAGCUGCUUCCCGGAAAGAGUUGAUGAGCAUGGCGACAGAAGUACUGGGAACCAUGGAUCGAAGGGGGGUUGGGCAUGCGGCUGGCGAGACGAGGAAGACGAUCAACCCCCGCCCAGUUUUCUUCACCGGCUCGUCAACAAGCGUGACGUCUCCGCGGAACCCAGAUGGUUCUUCCUCGCAGCUGGGAUAUCGCCCUCACUGUUCUGGAAGCUCUCGAGCAUGGACGAUCCCGUGGAGGUGGUAGUGCGCAUGUCUCCCGACCCCGACAGGGAGGACGCGGCGGAAACGGCAGAGGGUAAGACAGACGUGUAUCAGGGGAUCACGGUCGAGGAGAUGGGCACCAAAUGGCACGAAACAGUGGAUGAGCUUGAGCGGAGAGGAAUCACCGUUACAAACGCCGAGAAUGCUUUGGAGGGAGCUCUCUCAGUCAGGGAGUUCGACGGAUCCCUCGUUCACCACGAGAAAUUCGUCUUUCUGGACGUCGUUUGGCUGGCGAGAAUCCUCAAGUCCUUGCUCAAUCACAAGGACCAGGAGACCUUCGACGGCCGUGUGAAACUUAGGGACACGGGCGACUCACCUAUCACACUCGACGAUCCAUCAGACAUCACUUCGUGGGACAGGCUCAAGAAGGAAGGCGUUCUUGAACUCAGGUUGGCGUAUGCCAUGUGGCCGGAUGGUCUGUCGGAGUAUACUCUCCCCACUCUUGCAUCCUUGGGUCUCAUUUUCCCACUCGAAAAUGAUCCUGAUGAAGGCCUGGUGGUUCUGUUGAGACUUAAGCCAAACCGCCCCGACAGCGUCGGUAAAGUGAUGGAUACCUUCUGCUCGGGGCUCACCCCGGCAUUCAGCGCCAGCUGGAAGAUCUUUCUCGGUGUACCGCCUGGAGCGGUUGAAAAGGUGUUGACACGGUGCUGCGGUCUUGGUGGUGUGCGAACAUUCUGGCAGUAUGGGGUGCUUGUGCAUGGCAGCCUCGGCGUCCAAGAUGGGCGCAGGACGUUUGCUGUGGUAUAAGAAUACUCAUCCACCGACAAUGAGCUUACCGCUAAGAUUUUCGGUGAUA